AUGGCUUUAUCCUUGGUAAAAGCCGGAAGAUUUUUCUUGCCCCAUGAGACAGCCAGACAUGCAGCGACCAUCCUCGGAUUCCCAUCCCAAGCCUCCAUCGCCUCAGCGUACUACGAAAGCGCAUGCGUCGACGUAGCUAAUUUGGCCUCUGUCAUUUCGGUCCAUGAACCAGUUCGACUCUAUACGCGACCGGAAGAUGUCCACAAAGCAAAGUCAAUGGUUAGCCAAGCUAUUACAAAAUAUCCUAGUAACACCUCGAAUAUCGCUGUCAUUCCAUUCCCCACGAACCAUCUCUGGGUUCGCGACACAGGCCCUGUCUAUGUACGUGGGGUUGGAGAAUCCAUCAAGCAACGUUUCGCAAUCAACUUCCGUUUUAGUGAAUGGGGAAGAAAGCAUGAUAUUGGCCGCCACGAACGGGCUUCAGAUGACCUUGAUUGGCCUGUGAUGACCCCGGAACAGAUCGAAGAAAACGGAAGCUUUGCCCGCAGGGUUAUCGUGUCUGAUGUCUCCCCCUCCCCGGUGACUCUAUUGGAAUCACAGAUUUGUUUGGAAGGUGGUGCGAUAGUUGUGGACGGGGAAGGCACACUUCUGGCCACUGAAAGCAGUAUCAUCAACGAAAAUCGCAACCCUGGUCUUUCAAAGACCGCGAUUGAGACAGAGCUACGUCGGCUCUUGGGUGUUGAGAAAAUUAUCUGGCUUCCCGGGAGAAACGAUCUGGAUGUUACUGAUGUACAUGUUGACGCUGAAGUCAACUUUGUCCGGCCCGGAGUUGUCGUCCUCUCACGACCCCAUUCAAGUGUGCCAAGGCCAUGGGUGGAGGUCUAUGAAGAGAUCAGGGAUAUUCUGGGACAGUCAGUCGAUGCGAAGGGUCGCCCUUUUGAGGUACAUGUGGUAGACGAGCCAAACCCGAAGGUCUUUGGGAUCUUGUCUUACAAUGACCCGGCGACUAACUAUGUGAAUUUUUAUUUCGUCAAUGAGGGGCUUAUUGUUCCACAGUUCGGCGACAUUCGGCGAGAUCAGGAAGCCCUCGUGCUGUUUCAAAAGCUGUGCCCUGAUCGCAUGGUUCGGCCUGUGUUUGUGUCUGCGCUUCCGUUGGCUGGGGGUGUUAUUCACUGCGCAACACAACCAGUUCUUUUUGUGGAUGAAAUCAGUAGACAUUCGAAAUGA